UUGUCUGGUUGUUCUUCUGUCACCCGUCCACAAUCUCCUGGUCUUUCUUUGUCUGGUUGUUCUUCUGUCACCCGUCCACAAUCUCCUGGUCUUUCUUUGUCUGGUUGUUCUUCUGUCACCCGUCCACAAUCUCCUGGUCUUUCUUUGUCUGGUUGUUCUUCUGUCACCCGUCCACAAUCUCCUGGUCUUUCUUUGUCUCCAUUUCCCCAACUCUCUUUCCUUUUUCUAUUCCUACACUCCCCUCUCUCUUUUCCCUCUUCGGUAUGUUGUUGCGUCUCUCUCGUCCCAUAGUCCACAGUGCAAGGCUGUCCUGUACUGUUCUGACCAGUGUUCCCAGGCCGACCAGAUCCGCUGUCCAGAGGAUGCCAGUCACCAGCACUGGUGUGAAAAACUGUCCUGCUACAUGAGCCACGACUCACAGCUUGCCGAGCUGCCAUUCAGCUACGCGGCAGAGGUGACAGCUGUUGAUUUCGACCUGGAACACUUCCUGAAUAAGAAUAAACUGGACAGUGGCUACUGGGUACACUGGAGCCUCCUGGUACGCUCCCCAGAUAUGAGCUCCAUCCCACAGUGGAACAGUCCAGAGAUCAAUACCCCCACUGGUUCACAGGUCACAGUGAGCCCUUUGGACCCCUGAAAAGGGAAGGAGACAUCCUGCUCUGUAGCCCAGCUCCUCAUGCAGUCCCCAGCGUCACCAAACCGCUGGUGUUGUGGAGUCAGUACUGUGAGUGGAGGGGUAUCAGUCUGUCCUCUCCUGCAGCUGUUCUUCUUAGCUCCCCUCUAUCCAUCUACUACAUAAUCACGUCGAUGGUUCCCAGAGACUUUCCAGAGCUCAACAUCCAGAAGAAGCAGUCUCUGAAGAUCCACAUCAUCGACUCCUACAGGGAGUUCCACUGUCUCAAGGUGUUCUGGGAGUUGUCCGUUCUCCUGCCGCACAUGACCUUUGAACUGGUGUUCAUAGGGGAGGGACUUCCCCCUGAGAGUGACGAGGAGCAGCUCUUUCUGCAGAAGAAGAACGGCCUGGUCAACCUGGUUAACCCAAGCUUCACCCCGGAUGAGAAGUUGGACAGGAGGAGCAUCCGGGUCAAAGGUUACCGCAGGGCCUAUCACAUGCUGCAAGGGCCCAAACCUGACCUGGUGAUUGGCUUCAGACCGGCAAUCCUGCAUCAGGAGUCAUGGCUCAGCACACUCCCUAGGCUCCAGUCCCUGAGGGUUCCAGCCUAUUUCUGUGAGGUCGGGGAGUUGAGCUGUGUGUGCAGCCAGCAGGUGAUGAGCCAGGCCACCGGGGGCACCCUCUCCCCUCCACACAUCAACCCCUUCCACUGCCCCCUGCGCAUCACUGGAGGAGAUAACAUGCUGCCCUGGUAUUCUAAUGCCUUCAUCUUCCAUCUGAGGUACAAGCCCGUACAUAGUGAGAAACGACCUUCUGUGGCCUACCCCAAAGCCCCGCCUCUGCAGGUAGAGACGGCCAAUCAGGAACCUGACUACCCUGUGAAGAUGAGUCGCAGGGAUAGGAAGCAGGCCGCCCGCAAUAUGCCCCGCAAACGCAAAUGAUGAUAACAACAUGCACACACGUACGCACUCAAACACAAACGUAUACACACUAGCACACACACACACUGGCACACACACACACUGGCACACACACUGGCACACACACACACACUGGCACACACACUGGC